GACUCGUUUUGCUGACGUACCGCUACGAGCUGCGGUUGUAACUUGACAGCUGAACAACAACUGGAGCUGAAAUGAGCUCAUUCACAACAUAUCAGCCGUCUCAAAGUUUGUGAGCCUCUUUGUAUUUUUCCAUCGGCAUGAACUGAGUCGUGUCGUCACCCAGGUCUGCUCGCACAGGGAGGUUUUGACAGAUUACAGGUUGUUUUUCAGACAUCAUCAUGUCGUUUCUGGUGGACUCUGUCAUUAUGUUCACCUCUCAGGUGUUGUUCUUUGGAUUUGGCUGGUUAUUCUUUAUGCGGCAGCUAUUCAAAGACUAUGAGGUGCGGCAGUAUGUCGUCCAGGUGGUUUUCUCAGUCACCUUUGCCUUUUCUUGUACCAUGUUUGAGCUCAUCAUUUUUGAGAUUCUGGGUGCCUUGAGUAGUAGUUCUAGGUAUUUCCACUGGAAACUGAAUCUGUAUGUGAUACUGCUGGUUCUUAUCUUUGUGGUGCCUUUCUACAUUGGUUAUUUUGUUGUCAGCAACAUACGUCUGCUCCAGAGACAGAGGCUACUUUUUGCCUGUAUGGUGUGGUUUACCUUCAUGUAUUUCUUCUGGAAGUUGGGAGACCCAUUUCCCAUCCUCAGCCCAAAGCAUGGCAUCCUGUCCAUUGAACAGCUGAUCAGUCGUGUCGGUGUUAUCGGCGUCACGCUCAUGGCUUUGUUGUCUGGGUUUGGUGCCGUUAAUUGUCCCUACACCUACAUGUCAUAUUUUCUCAGAAACGUAACAGAUAGUGACAUCUUAGCACUGGAGAGACGACUUCUCCAAACUAUGGACAUGAUUGUCAGCAAGAAGAAACGCAUUGCCAUGACACGGAGGCAGAUGUAUCAGCGUGGGGAAGAUCAGAACAAACAGGCUGGAUUUUGGGGCAUGCUCAAAAGCGUGACCUCCACACAGUCUGGCAGUGAAAAUCUCUCUUUGAUCCAGCAGGAAGUUGACGCUCUGGAGGAGCUGAGCCGACAACUUUUUCUAGAGACUGUCGACCUGCAAUCCACCAAGGAGCGGAUCGAGUACUCUAAGACAUUCCAAGGGAAAUACUUCAACUUUCUUGGCUACUUCUUUUCCAUCUAUUGUGUUUGGAAAAUCUUCAUGGCCACUAUAAACAUAGUGUUUGACCGAGUUGGAAAGACUGAUCCAGUGACCAGGGGUAUUGAAAUUACAGUGAACUACUUGGGCAUUCAGUUUGAUGUGAAGUUUUGGUCCCAACACAUCUCUUUUAUUUUGGUGGGAAUCAUAAUUGUUACAUCCAUACGUGGCUUGCUCAUCACCCUCACAAAGUUCUUCUAUGCAAUAUCAAGCAGCAAGUCUUCCAACGUCAUUGUGCUCGUCCUCGCGCAGAUCAUGGGGAUGUACUUCGUGUCAUCUGUGCUCUUGAUGCGUAUGAGCAUGCCGCUGGAGUAUCGCUCCAUCGUGACUGAGGUCCUAGGGGAGCUGCAGUUCAACUUUUACCAUCGCUGGUUUGAUGUCAUCUUCUUGGUCAGUGCUCUGUCCAGCAUCCUCUUCCUCUACCUAGCCCACAAGCAGGCGCCAGAGAAGCACAUGGCCCUGUGAUCUCCUACACUGGUUAAGACUACGUGGAUCUCCGGACCUGGGGGCUGACGUUCAGUCUGACAUUUAGGAUAUUUUUUUUAUUACUUAGAAUUUCUGUUCCUGAAUCAGGAAUAACUGAUUGAUAAAGAGUUGAAGAACCACUGGAACACGUGAUGUAAGAGGUCUGGCGAUGAACGUCUCGCCCUGCAGCUCCUACUGUGCGUUUUGACUCUCGUAGUCAAAAUGUUGCCUGGCACAUGUUUCACUCACACUGAGGUGUGAAUGGACUAUAUGAAGAAAGGAAACGUCAUGUACGAUGUUCAGACUUAUUUUUUCAACAUUUAUUUGAUUCCUGUGAUGAAAGCCUCAGACAGAUGGCAUUUGUUCUUUAUUUGUUUGAUGUGGGAUCUGUAAAUGGUUUAAUUUUAAAAAUGGAAACAAAAACGUUUUAUAUUAGAUAAUAUACACAAUAUAAUUACUGGAAACAUUAACAGGAAGUUAAAUCUUGGUGGCAUUGGUGAACAUGGGUAUGGGUAAUAUUCUAAUCAUUGUACAUGCUCAACAACACGUAGACCUACUGCUGACAUCAAACGGACUUAGUCAGGAACACGAUUUGUUCUCAUACAGUCGACACAAUUAUUGGUUUGAUUCUUAUUGAAAGUGAAUUUCAAAAAUA